CCCUAAAAAUCAAACAUUAGAUCUUAGUGAAUACCUGUGUGAUUAUAUCUAUUUCUUUUAGCGUUCAUCUGCUAAUAUAACGUUACGUGUGUGAUUUGAUCAGAGUAUCGGGUGUGUUUUUGUGUUUUAGCAGAAGCUAACAGGCUUUUCAUCUCAGACUAUUCACUUUUGGAUCAGAAAUGGAUUUAUUCGGUGAUCAUCCGGAACCUACACAUGAUCCAGGUCCUGUUAAAGCCAAGCAGCCGGAAGAGGGCACAGAGGAGGAUCGAGGAGAGAAGAGGAAGAGAGAUGUCAGCUCAGAGGAGACAGAGGUGGAAGACAAGAAACAAGAGGAAAAGAAAGUUUGUAAAGCAGAUCUUGUGAAGCUGACAGGCUUUGUCUCAGCGAGACGCGGUGAACGAGAGGAGAUGCAAGAUGCUCACGUCCUGCUUCCAGAUCUGAUAUCCAGCAUCACCAACCUCCCCUCGCAAGUUUCUCGUCUUGCGUACUUCACUGUGUUUGACGGUCACGGUGGAGCUCGAGCGUCGCAGUUUGCUGCAGAGAAUCUCCAUCAGACGCUGCUCAGCAAAUUUCCUAAAGGUGACGUGGAAAAUUUGGAGAAGCUGGUGAGGAAGUGUCUGUUGGACACCUUUCGUCAGACUGAUGAGGAUUUCCUGAAGAAAGCCUCCAGCCAGUGAGUUCUGCUUUAAUUGGUUCUGCUGGAUUUGAAAUGAAGUGAAGUGAAAACACUGUGUGUGUCUG